AUGGCCAAGCAGUUGCUGAUGCUGCACAACACAUCCCAGGAUCCUUUGACCGUUUUCCUCGAGACCCAGCAAAAAGGUCUCCAGUGGCUACAAAGCUUGGGAAUACCUGCUCUACAUCUAUGGUCUUGCUCCUGCAUUGUUGUACAAUAUCUUGCCGUUUAUCUACUGAACCAGCUUCUGCAAGUUCAGCUAUCUGUUCAUCCCAAUGAACUAUGGAACACACUAUUGGCAACUUGGGACAGGAAAUCCGGCAACAUUCAAAUCCAUACACCAACUUAUCUCAGAGGGCUGUUAUCCGUUCCCACAAGAUUGAUGACCACUAUAUACUCCUUCACAAGCAAGACUGUAUUGAGCAAAUUCUUCGACCAUAUGAGGCAGAUUCAAUCAACACAUAUGCUCAAGCACAUCAGUUAUCCUUUCAGCCUAAUACUCAUGUGCGCAAAUGGGCUUGAUUGCGUUUACCUACCGCUCAAAUUGCUUGAAGCAUUUGGGGGAAGAAACUCCAGGGAAACACAGCCUUUGAACUUCAAGACAUGUCAAAGUGACGCUGCCCUUUACACUGUUGAUAUGAAGUCAAUACAAUCUGUUGUUGCCAUGGUCCCACAUAGCAUUAGAGGCGAGGCGAGGCCUUUUGCUGUUGAAAAGCGAGGUUUAGAUGCUGGUAUUAUGGCUGGUCAAACAGAAGAAGACAAUGAUGAAGCUCUAUUGCAGGAUAAUGUAGGGUAA